AUGCGCAUGGCCGAGACGCUGCUUCGCAUCCUCCCCAUCGCACUCUGUGUGGCGGCGCUCGUCAUCAUGCUCAAGGACUCCGAGACUAACGACUACGGAUCCUUGUCUUAUUCUGAUAUCGGAGCAUUCAGAUAUUUGGUUCAUGCAAGCGGAGUUUGUGCCGGUUACUCCUUACUUUCGGCGGUAGUGGCUGCCGUGCCCCGGCCUUCCUCCAUGUCACGGGCUUGGGCGUUCUUUCUCCUUGACCAGCUUCUCACUUAUGUUAUACUAGCAGCUGGGGCCAUAUCAACUGAGGUCGUGUACCUUGCGUACAAAGGCGACACCUCCAUAACAUGGAGCCAAACUUGCGGCUCAUUUGGGGGUUUCUGUCGCAAGGCCACGGCCUCGAUAGCCAUCACGUUUGUCGUGACUCUUUGCUAUGCUGGGCUUUCACUCAUCUCGUCUUACAGGCUAUUCAGCAAAUACGACGCCCCGGUGGCCUACACCAACAAAGGGAUUGAGGUUGCAACUUUCCAGGCCUAA